AUGAGUUCACCAGACGAUAAAGCAUCAGCAUUAAAGACAAAGUCUGAUUUGGUUAGACGUACAUUUAACUACCCAGACACCGAGUCUGUCAUUCAAGACUACUCGUGUUCACUCAAGAGAGGUAUUCUCAUCCCCGGCAAGAUCUAUAUCUCUGCCAACUUUGUCUCGUUCAUCCCAUCGUUGGGUGAGUCAAAUGAGAGUAUCUCAUUCCGCAAGGUCAAUGAAAUCAAAAAGGAUAGUACAAUGUUUAUCCAAAAUACAAUUGUAUUUUCAACUGCCGAAUCAAAUGUUGCAUUUGCAUCAUUAUUACGUAGAGAUGAAACAUAUAAUUUAAUACAUCAUCUUUGGAAACAUCCACCAAUGACAUACGAACCAAACUCUGAAGAAGAUGAACGUAUGAGACAAUUUACCAACUCUUUAAAUUCAAGUGGUAGUGGAAUUUCUAAUUCUUCUAAUGGCGGAAGAGUAUUUGGUAAUGGUGGUAGUAAUAACUCUAGUAGCAGUAAUAUUGGUGGUGGUGCUCAAGGAUUUAAUGGUGGUAAUAAUAAUAAUAAUAAUGGACAAAUACAACAACAAAGAACAAAGGUUGAUACAGAGAGUACUAAACAAGCACUUAGAAUUGCCUAUGAAACCAGAGAGACUGGUAUUUCUACGAUGAAUGAACUCUCAUAUCAAGCUGAAUUGAUUGAUAAUAUUGAACGCAACGUUGAAAAUAUUCAUGGUAAUCUUGAUAGAAGUGAUCGUCUUCUCAAAGGUAUGGAGUCUUGGGGUGGUAUGAUUUCCAAUGCCAUGGGUAAAGAUGAAACUGCUAAUCGUGAGAGACCAUCACACGACCAAGUCGACCGUAGUCUCAAGGUUCGUCCACGUGAUGAUCCAGCCGUAGACAUUGAUAUUUUGGAAAAAUUACCAAAUGACUUUUUACAAGCAGGAUAUAUGCAAUUUACAGCAGAUAAAUUUGUUGUAUUGGAUGGAAAUAAAAAGGCAACUAUGAAUGGUACCUAUGGAUAUGACCAAGUUGAACAUAUUGUGAUUAGAGCACGUCACCAACACAUUGAUUUCAGAUUGACCAACAAGAAUCGUAUUCGGUUGUGUUCGUCGUACAUUCAAAACAUUGUCAAUGAAUUUGUGUUGCGUAGUAACUUUAAGUUGGGUAAGGCUGCCAAAGUCAUCUUUGAGCCCGGAGUCAAGCAGUUUGCCUAUGGCAACCCAACCAUCAAGUUUAUCCCAUCGGUCGGUCGCCAACAACAAAACCAAGCCCUCUUUGGCCGCACCAACACCUCUGGUGUCUCACAUGUCGUCAAGAAUGCAUCAGAGGAUGUCCGCGAGGCUCUCAUGCAACAAGACAAGGACCUCGACGAGAUCAGUGCUCUCUUGGGUGAUAUCCACGGUAUCGCUAGUACCAUUGGUAAUGAAGCCGAUCGUCAAUCUGAACAAUUGGAUCGUGUCACUGGUCGUGUCGAUUAUGCCAAUGAUCGUCUUCAAUCUAAUAAUAAAAGAAUUCAAAAAAUGCUAUAA